GGCUGGGCCUGGAGGAAGCGAAGCAUUUUACUUGAUUGAACCAGGCAAUUAUGAAACUUGGGCCAGAAGUCAAGACGUUUUAAUAACUUUUCGAAUCGGACACGAAAGUUGGACACGUCAAUAUUCUCCAAUUCCAGACGGAGUUAAUGCGUAUUAUAAAGUUUGCGGAUUUAACGAUAUUGUAUACAAACAAGGCAAACCACAGGGAGAGCACAAACCACUAGCCGUUGAUGGGUGA